AUUGGCAACAUUACGGUCAGGAAAAGAAGGAGUAGCUACCAGUUAGCAAACGUCACUUUGCAAAGACUCAUACAGCUUUUACUGUUGUGCUGUUUAACUGGAGUUUUUUUCACCGCCCAACCGCGGCAGUACAACAUAAUCAUGUCAGCUCCAGCUCCAGCUCCAGAGGGAUAUGGCUCUUCAGGCGCUGCCGGCGGCACCCGCAAGCUCCAGCAGACACAGGCCCAGGUGGACGAGGUGGUGGGCAUCAUGCGAGUGAAUGUGGAUAAGGUCCUGGAGCGAGACCAGAAGCUGUCUGAACUGGAUGACCGAGCAGACGCCCUCCAGGCCGGGGCCGCUCAGUUUGAGACUAACGCUGCCAAGCUGAAGAGGAAGUUCUGGUGGAAGAACUGCAAGAUGUGGGCCAUUUUGAUAGCUGUGAUCGUCAUCAUACUGGUCAUCAUUAUCGUCUGGUCUCAGUCCUAAAAGACUGGAGAAAGAACCGCUUGACAGAACGCCACAGAGGACUCCGCUGCGGAGCCAAGUGUGACCAGAAUGACAGGGAGGUCAACAGUCCCCCAACUAAACUUUAAUAACCUGCUGAGUUUCCAAGGGUAUUUUGUAAACUAUCCUAAAUAGAUUUUUUUUUUUUUUUUCUCUAUGUAUCAUUUUAAUAAUUAUGAUAUGAAUGUUGCCAAGCAGGUGAAUAUUGCCUUUUUUCUCUCUUUGGUCUGUAUUGCUUAUUUAUAUACUGCUUUUGUAGUUUCACAUGGACACUCCUUUCACACGUGGGGUCUGCACAGGGCCCGGCCUGUUUAGGAGGUUUCAGAACAAUGAAGAGUGCCUUUGUGUUGGCCUCCAACAUGCCUUUUUUACCUACAGUAUCACAGCGGGAAGUUAGGUGGUUCAUUCAGAAUUGUGCUCAAGGACCAUAAACAAAACAAAAUGAUGUUUAAAGCCAAGGGAUGUCCAAGGGCUCCCCUCUUUUGCCUUAUUAAGUCCCCUAAAAGCCAAGUCCAACCUGGACGUGCCAUAACACACCACCAGUGCCUAUCAGGAGUCUGACUCCCAAUUACACACACAUUAUACUCAGCCUUAUCUAAUCACUUCAGCACACACACACACACACACACACACACAGAUACCUAACUCCCCACAUCACAUACUGUAGCGUCACUGCCAUGUAAAAAUCAGCCUUUCUGCAAAAGCCACCAGUGCCUGUGAUGGCCUUUCUGCCCCAAGAAUAAUGCCCUUCCACAUGGCCCACUGGCAGAUGCAGGGUUCUGCUGAAACAUCUGUUUGGUCUCCAGGUGUAGUGUAUCAGCAAUAACUUGACAUGUUAUUUUAAUUCAAAUUACUUGACAGUUUCACAUGUUCACACAGUGUGCUGUUUUUAGCCUUUGCUUAAUGAAGUAACUCAAUUUGCUGUGGUGCUGUGUGGAUUUUAAGAAUUGGCCGAAUUUCAGUGUACAUCUCAGCAUUUCAUUUCAUUUCUUUUGUACAUGCCUAUGUUCACCACCUUGGAAUGUGUGUAAAUUGUAAAGAAGUGCAAUUCUAUUAUAUAUCCUAAAAUCUCUCCUGGUGUUGCCAUUGUCAGCUAAAUAAAAUCAAAUUUAACGACUGCUA